CGGACUGAGUGCGGAUUGCAGCUUAAAACCUUUGUAUUAUUGAAACAUUCAGUUAUGGUUGCAUCCCUAGGUUAGUAUGGAGUGCGACGGCGCCAAUCUUGCGGGUGCCUAGCCACCCUUAGCUGAGCGGCCGUAGCAGCCUACGCCGCGCGUGUUUCAGCCCGCGGCCACGCACCACGCGGUAACGCUCACAACCGCGCGCCUAACCCUCUGUGAUAACCCACGACAUGGGCCACAGGUAACACGACAAAUCUAAUAAAAAUGUACGAAAUGUCAAUCCAAGAAUUGAAUGGGAAGGCGCCGAAGAAGAGGAAAAAAUCCCUAGAUACUGUUGAGCAGGAAGCGGCAAAUGGUGGAGCGGAAGAUGUGAAAGAUAAGCCGGUAGGAGUGGAGUUGCUCCAUUGGCGUGAUAUGCCGAAGCAUCUGCAGUUUAACCCAUAUGUGCUGACCGGUUACCGGCCGCUGCAGGACUGGGGUGGAUGUCUUCGCAGUCUCUUUUACUUCCACAAUGAGACAAUCAACAUUCUGACACACGGUGUAUCGUUGGUGUUCAUGGUGACGGUGCUGCCGGGCUUACUCCCGUGGGGUAGAGGAGGUGGCUGGGGCUGGUUCCUCUCCUUAUGUCACCUUCUUGGUGCCAUGGCUCCAUGGUGCGGAUCCUUUCUCUACCACCUAUUCAUGAACCACACUAGGGGUGCCAGUCUAUACCAUAAGCUCCUCCAGCUGGAUAUGCUUGGCAUUUGGGUCAGCCAAAGUAUAGGUGCUAUACCAAUGGUGACAGCGACGGUGUACUGUGCGCCAGCGCCACUGCGUUACUUGGCUCUGGCAGUAUACUGCCUUGGAAGUCUUCUGGGCCUGUAUAAAGCUAUGCGGGCUUGGUCCCCAUGGGAGAGACGUUUGUGCUUCGCGGCCCCCUUCUGCAUGAGACUACUCCUGGCAGGGGCUAGGGCAGCGCGCUUUGGAGGCGGAGAUCCACAUGCCAUACUGCACGUCUUCCUACAGGAUGCGGUAUCCCUGGGUGGUGGUGUAAUCGGUGCUCUGCACAUCCCGGAAAAGUGGUUCCCGGGGACUGUGGAUCGCUGCCUCAACUCACACAAUAUUAUGCACGUGCUAGUCGUGUUAGCUGUCUACUCCAUGCAUCAGGUAACAACAAAAGACUUGGCAUGGAUGUCACGCGUGGACUGCCGGACUCCACUGCGCCACCUCUGACACCAGCCACCACACCUUCCAUCUGACUUCCUCUCACCCUAAACCCUGAAAGACAAUUCCCAAGUGUGAAUAAAAUGUGAUGUCCGUGCAUUUAUUUAGGUUUAGGGAUUCAGUCAAUUCCGCGAGAGAAAUUGCGAUUAUGCUUUAUCAAGGCAAACGAACAUUCGUACACAAGGAGAUUGCCCAUGUGCAGCUAAAAUUAGCUAUGAAACCGUAUGGUAAUUUUAUUUAAAAUAUUCAUUAACUUGAUUGAUUCAAAAGAAGGAAUCCCAAAGCCAAAAUAUUAUACAUUUCAUAAAUUUUUGUGCGUCAUUCUGUCUCUUAUUUCAAUUAUAAAAUCCUAUAUGUCUUCAAAUUAUUAUCCUUCUAUAGCUUAUGAUCAAAGGUCAAUUUCCAAACUAUUUCAUUUAUUUUAAAUAAUUCCAUGUAAAUGGGCAUUCUCCUUCUUUAAGCAAUAAUUUAAUUGAAAUGGUGAAUUGCCGAUUAGAACCAGUUAUAAAGUUUAUUGGCAGGUUCGAGGGUGUCAAAACAUUGCGCACGUACGAAAGUUAUGAUAACAUAUCUUUCUCCACCUCUCAUUAUAGUAGCCGAAUGCUAGUUAUUUAUGCUUAUAGAUUAAGAAAUAAAAGCAAUAUUGUUCAUUUGGAUUAUAUAAAAUGUAAGAAUAGUUCAAUUUUUAAAAAUAAUAAUAAGUUUUAGAUGACAAUAUAACGGCCUAGAGAUAGCAUCGUUUUGAAGCCUUUCUGAUGAUUUUGGUGAUUAUGAAAGUUAUAAUAGUAUUAUCGCGGCGUAAUAUCUCUUGCGAUUAGUAAGACAAUUCAAGAGAUUCGUGCCCUGCCUUUUCUCCAUAUUUUACACCAUUGGAAAUGAAAACUUUAAUAUAUUUUACGUCUCAAAAUCUUGUCCAAUUCAUAGCUAUGAUAUGCAAAGAUCACGAUCUCCAAGAUCCCCUUAAAGGGGUUUCGUCUGCAGGUGUCUUCAAAAAAUGCUCAAAAUUUGUUUUAAACUAACAGAACUAAUCUAACACUGUAAAACAACAAUAUCCAAAACUGUAUCACAGCCUAUUAACACAGCAAUACAUUAAUACAAUAUUAGUAAAUUGAGCAGUUAAUUAGGUACUAGUAGAUAACUAUCUUAAUAUAAAAUUUGUCUUUCUUAAAAUUUAGCCAAUUAACUAGAAAUGAAACGACCAAUUGGUGUGUUUUGUAUUUAAGAAAUCGCUUGAAAAUUGUUUGGCCAUUUAUGUAGGUAAAGUCGGGUUAAUGAAAGAACACCUAAUACACAAAAUAUUUCGUAUCAAAUUCAUAUAUUUAUUAAACAGUAUUCAAACAAUUGCAUAAGACAAUUUGUAUAAUUAACUAAAUUAAGGAAGCUGUAUGUGUUAUUACCGAUACGAAUGUAUAUUGAACUCAAACUUAUAUCUAUAGCAAAAACUCAGCCUUAUUCAUACAAUAUUGUUUAAUUACACUAAAUUAUUAUCUCUUUCUGUUAAGUAGUAUUUACGAUGUGAAAAGAGAAAGAACAUCACCUUAGUUAAAACAGCGCAAUUAAACUGAUUAAGCUGUUAUGAAUAAUUGUAAAACUAAGAAUUAAGUUAGUUAAAUAUAAAUACGAAACUUACACAACGUUUCAAGAAAAUGUUAAAAUAAAUAUCUUUAAGUCAUUUUUGAGAACGGCAAAUCGAUACCUUUAAGACGUGGUGCUGGAGGCGAAUGGUAUGAAUACCGUGGAAUGGUAUGAAAAACUCAGAAUACUGGACUCGUCUAUGUACCAUAGGCCAACUAUAAAUCAUACCAUAUUUCGGUCAUGGAGAAACUGAUCGUGGCACACAGAAGGCAAAAUAUCACGUGGUUUACCAACCAGAUGGACCGAUCAAGUGAAAGACUCAUCGUCUUCAAAAGUGUACGCUGUAAAGAGAGGCGCUGGACUGGUGGUAACAGAUACUCCGCUCCAGAUGUUUCCUUGCUGACCACGACUCUCAGAUAUGAGCUACCAACUAUAACAUUGGAAAACUGACAUAAAAAAGCU